GACUGUGUUGCUCAGGUUCCUUUUCUUAAAUCAAAUUUGGUCUGCGAUUUUUGAAGAUAGAGAGAGCAAAAAGAAUCCAUGGCGGAAUCAAGAAACGCAGGCGAUGAUCUCGGCGGCCGCAUGCAGCUGAUCUCGUCGAAGGUCGAGUCCAAGAUCUUCUUCCACAAGGACGCCAUGGUGGAGUACGUGGAGAUCAAGAAGGUGAUCGGCGACCUCUCCGAGGAGAAGGCGAGGAUGGAGCAAGAACACCACGGGAGGGUGGCCAAGGAGCUCCUGGAGCCAUUGCAGGAGAGGCUUGAUGCAGCAAACCGGGAGCUUCUCAGUGCGAAACAGCAGAUCGUGCAGGUCAGGGAGGAGCUUGUGGCAGCCAAGCAGCAGCUGGGCCAGAAGAAUGGUGAGCUUGAGCUUUUGAGGAAAAAGAUUCAGGAGGAUCAUGAAGGCAACACUGAUGUUCUUGAGAAGACCAAUGCUAAAGUUCAUCAUCAGCAGCAGCAGCACCAUGAUAGCUCUCCUGAACAUUUCCAGUCCAAUGGGGUGCAGACAAGAUCAAUGCGUAAAGGGGAGAAACUGUUCCAGGAAUACUUGGGUUAUGGUCGUCUCGAACAUGAUCUGAAUGCACGGUGGUCUGGUCGACAACAGCUGAUUAAAGAUACAACUAUUGGCCGCCAUGCAAGCAGGGAUGAUGACUUGGAUAUAAUAAGAGAAAAGCUAAUCAAGGGAUUCAUUGAAAUUGAUGCUGAGCAUCAUAUCGGAAUAAAGGAAAUUGGGGUGUUGAAUGAUAAUCCAUUCCAAUCUGCCUGCGGUGAGAAGUUGCCACCUGAAGAAGCUGAUACGGUGGCUUCUGAGAUGAACUCCCUGUGGCAGAAGCUACUCAAUGACACAACCUGGAAUCCCUUCCACACAAUCACAGUUGACAACGAUCGCCAAGUAGAGGUCAUAGACGCCGACGACGAGAAGCUGAAAGAGCUUAAUAUGACAUGGGGAGAAGGCCCUUACAAGUCUGUCACUGAUGCAUUGCUGGAGAGGAAGGAAUACAGCAUCCAGGGACCGGGCGUGUUCGAUCUUUGGAACUACAGGGAAGGGAGGAGGGCUUCUCCUGGAGAGUGCAUUGAGUAUAUCUUUGAUCAGGUGAAGCAGCUCAAGCAAGCCCGUAGAAAGUCUCCCAGGUACAGUGCAGACAGAGCAUAAAUGUGAGUGAUUCUGCACUUGUUACAGCACUGAAGAAUGCAUCGCAUGUGUGCUUAUGCCUGCGUCUCAUCGCUGCACAGGUUGGGGGCGUAAUGUGUGUUGAAUUGUUGACGAUCUGACUGCUGAUCUGCUAAAGUAGCUUAACAGUGGCAAGUAGCAAUGAAGGAAAUUAGUAUGUGUGGUCUCUUGUUUCAGUUCUAUGUAUGUUUGACAUGAACUCGCUGAGUGAUGGAACCAUGGAGCUGCUUCAUUGUAUGGGUGGCUGAUGAAGAAUUGUGCCGUCACAGGAAGCUCUAAAAUAAAUACAGCAUGCUAUGAACUUUGUUUGUAUCAUCCAUUUCAUGGUAGCACUAACUAGAACUGUGAUGUUUCAGUGCUUCCAAAGUUGUGAAUGUUUAUUGCCCCCAAGAAAUCUGAAUGUCAACUGUGAAUAAGUUGGGAGAGC